AUGGUUUCGAUAAGAAGGUAUUUGCGAGUGCCGAAUGAGUUGAAACCUUCCCAGAUCUUCAAACAAGAUUCUCUCUCUCCAAGUAAGAUUGGACUUCAAAUUGUUCUUUUACAGAUUUUUUAUUACACCACAGCGAUCGUUCUUUUUUAUUGUUGGGCGAAGCUAGCGGGAUAUGAUCUCAAUAUCAAGGAAUGGCUGUUUUCUUGGGAGAAUAUCGACUUUACGAACGCAUACGGUUUAUCAAUCUCACUGUUAUGGCUUCUGGAUUCAUUAAUAUGUGUUUUUUUCUUAACUGUUAUCGUUGGACGGAGUAAACUCGCAUGGGAUUUUGCUAUCACUAUACAUGCCAUCAAUUUUAUUGUGGUGUUCCUCUAUACUCGGAAAUUUCCUUCUUUUUCUUGGUUUUUUCUUCAAAUUUUAUCAUCUUUAAUACUAAUAUUUUUGGGGACAUGGACAACAAGAUGGAGAGAGCUUAGAGACACCUUUUUUGAGGGCUUGGUUGAUCCUAAUGAAGGAGAAGUUGGAUUGGUUACGCCUAGUCAGCAGCAUAGUAAUCAUUCAGAAUUGGAGCAAUCACCAAUACAACUAAAAGACUUAGAAAGCCAAAUAUGA